AUGAAAGAAAUAUUAAAGUUAAAAAUUCUCUAUUUGUUUUUGGUGUUUGUAUUCUUUAUAAAAACUACUGGAAAUGAGUUUUCUGGUUUUCCUACUUUUGAAAGCUCAGAAAACUCUGUUGAAUCUUCAGGUAACUUAGAAAUGCUAAAUUUUGGUCAGCAGCAGUCAUUAGAGGAUACAACUUUUGACACCCAAAGCCAAGUCCUCCCUGAGACUUUUGAAGAUCCUCUAGAACCAUCGACUAUCGGAAGUGUAAUUACCGAGAACAAUCAUUUAACUGGAAAAGAAACCAAAUUUGGACCUUUACAAUAUAAAAAUUACAGGUAUGAAGAAACCUCAUCUUCAGACCCCUCUUGGUCACCUAAAAAGGGAAAAAGAUCUCAAGACCUAUUUUCUAUCCAAAAAAUUUUGUCAAAGUAUUCUCCAGAAGAAAUUUCUUUGUUGAAUCAGUACUUUAUCUCAUUCUCGCUACUUUUAAGAAAGGGAUUAAAAAAGUUCAUCUUUAAAAAGUACAGUCCUUCACAUAUCAGAUCUACCUUUGCCAAGAGGUACGUUGAAAGGUUUGGAGGAAGCAAAACCAAGGCUCUACUUAAACUUAGAGAGUUUGAAAAGAUGUUGAGUCUCAAACACUCUGCUGCAAGGAGACUGUUUAACAGUCAAUUCCAACUUUUAGUAUCAACCUUGAAUUCUGCUGAAUCUUUAAUCCAUCUUUCAGAAAAGUGGAGGCACCAACCAACUUAUGUUAGUGAGCCAAUUUUGGUGGUAAACAGAGCCUCUUAUAAAAAACUAAUGAGUCUACGUAAAAAAUCAAAAAAAGUAAACAUAGUUCUUGUUUCAGCCUCUCCUGAACUUAUUCCUAAAAAAUACCGAAAAUCAGAUCUAAAUGAGUCAUAUCAUGAACUUCCAAAACUUAGCAAAACUAUUCAUUCCUUCCAAGAUUCUAUUUCCUCUCAAAAAGCUGGUUCUCCUUCAGAUCUUGGAAAGACUCACUGUAAAUGGAACUCUUCUAAAAAGAAGAGAACUAAAUCCAUAAAAAAAAGACUUUUGUGUUUUUUUAAGUCCAAAAAACAAUCAUUCCUCCAUAUUCAUUAUUACGAUAUCUCAAACACUACAAAAUUUAAGUAUCUAAUGCAAAUUCUAGUUAGACAUAAGCCAAAUCCCUAUACUCAGAAUGCUCAUCCUCUUAUUAUUAUCCCAGCAUUAAUUGGGAUACCUCAAAUAGACAAAUAUGGGUCUAUUCUGGGCCUUAAUUCCAUCACAGAAGUCACAAAAAAAAAGAAAAGGCCUGCAAAAUCAUCUGUUAGUAGAAAAAAGAAAAGGAGUAAGAAAAAAAAAUCUAUGCUCGGGAAAUAG